AUGAGAGCAAUGGGAUAUUUUCCUUCUGAAACAGAAUUGUCUAAUAUGCUAUACGCAAUGUUCAGUAGAGCAGGCCAUCCAACAACAAUGACAUUUGAAGAGUUUGUUAUUUUGUAUCUGAAUUAUAAGCCACAAUUAAGAGUUAAAUGUAAUGAAAUCCGUCUGGCGUUCAAUAAACUAAUACAAAAUGACCAAUUUGUAAAUGCUUACGGAGAAAACAAGAUACUGACCAGGGAAUCGUUUGUACACAUGAUGAAAAAUAUAGGUGAAAAAAUUAGUCCUCGUGAGUUAGAAAUUAUUUUGAACACAUUGCUAAAAACGACCAAAGACAUAUCGUCAAGUUCAAAUGAAAACGCUAACUUGAUUCACUUGGCCUUGCCAUUCACAUACACUUUCGAUGAAAUUUUCACAGAUUUAUUAGGACUCCAAGUAAACGAUUGA